AUGGAGGCACCUAGUCUGCUCCCCAACGCCCUGUGCCUGGGCAGCGGUGCGACGGCAGGAGAUUUUGAUGUUGAAGCCUGCGAGGCGCUGGAGUCGGCUGGAAUCAAAUUUCGCACCUUCGAUUCCUUCCUGCUCUAUGACAUCAAGCAGGUCAAGAUUGACCUCGGCACUUAUCGAGGUCACUUCGGCACGCUGACUCCUUUCCACAGCGCUUGCUUCCCGGCAGCAGCACUCUGCACAGGCCACAUCGGGCAUCUGGAGCGGCUUGAACCGUUCCAGCACUACGGCACCUUCGGCUGGACUUACCAGGAUGCGUGGGCUUUGGAGGAGAAUCUGAUCUCGCUUGUGACAGCCACGCAUCUGAACAGCGUGAAGCAUGAUGGUUACCAUGGCGGCCAUUGCAGCGCUGUGCUCUGCAAGCCACGCUGGGAAGACGAUGAGCUGGUGGAGCUGAGAGUGAUCGGGCUCGGGGUGAAUGCUCCGCCGAGAUUUGAGCCUGGAAAUCCACAGAAGAAUCCUCAGAGCUUCGGCGAGAGGAGCCUGCGACGCUUGAGGUCGGACAAAGCCUUUUCCAAGUAUUCCUUGCUGGGACGGCCUCGAAGGGGCAAUGAAAUCCACGCCGAGAUGCAAAUCUUAUCUCGCUGUGCGCGAGCUGGGAUUUCCACUUCCGGCGGGUGGAUGUGUAUUCAGACGGCUCCCUGCUGGGACUGCUGCAAAGCUCUGAUUGCCGCUGGCAUCAGCCGUGUCCUCUUUGAGGCUGCGCCGGGUCAGGCGCAGAGGCUACUGCGGGACGACGGCUUGGAGACGCUGGGUUUCGCCGAAAUGCCGCAGAAGCCGGACGGCACGGUCUUGAACUGGGGCAUUCCUAUCCUGCAGAGUUGGGACAUCUCAGAGUCAGCAGCGCUGCAGAUUCUCAGGCGAUUUCUUGCCGAUGGACUCCGCCGCUAUGAGGCCAGUUUGUUUGGAAGCGCGGGCAUGGCACAGAGCUCGCUGUGUGACUCCGGUCCGCAGUGCUUUGUGCCACAUCGCUUGCCGGUCGACUUCGGUCCCGGUGCACUCCUGAGCUCGCCGGUCGACUUCGGUCCCGGUGCUCAGGCAUGGCACAGAGCUCGCUGUGUGACUCCGGUCCGCAGUGCUUUGUGCCACAUCGCUUGCCGGUCGACUUCGGUCCCGGUGCACUCCUGA